CAGCAGUUUCAUGCCACUGUCUGACGUCUGAGUGGAUGAGAAAGGAAGACCCAUCCAGAUAAACAGAGGGAAAACUGGCAAGACGAACGUCUCACUGAUGAUCGGUCUGCUAAUUUACAUGUAUGACAUUUCAGUUGUGAGGUUUGGCCCAUUUGACACUAUGGCUACAAGUGCUGUUCCAAGUGAAAACCUCCCCACCUACAAAUUAGUGGUGGUUGGAGAUGGGGGUGUAGGGAAGAGUGCCCUCACCAUUCAGUUUUUCCAGAAAAUCUUUGUGCCAGAUUAUGACCCAACCAUUGAAGAUUCCUAUCUGAAGCACACAGAGAUAGAUGGGCAAUGGGCAAUUCUAGAUGUCCUGGAUACUGCAGGCCAGGAAGAAUUCAGUGCAAUGAGAGAGCAGUACAUGAGGACAGGAGAUGGGUUUCUUAUAGUCUAUUCGGUCACAGAUAAAGCCAGCUUUGAACACGUGGAUAGGUUCCAUCAACUCAUUCUCCGGGUCAAGGACAGAGAAUCUUUUCCAAUGAUUUUGGUGGCCAACAAAGUUGAUCUAAUGCACUUGAGAAAAAUCACCCAGGAGCAAGGGAAAGAAAUGGCAGCAAAGCACAGUAUUCCGUAUAUAGAAACUAGUGCUAAGGAUCCUCCACUGAACGUUGACAAAGCCUUCCACGAUCUUGUUCGAGUAAUCAGGCAACAACUCCCAGAAAAGAGCCAGAAGAAGAAAAAGAUGAAGUGGCGAGGAGACAGAGCAACUGGUUCCCACAAACUGCAUUGUGUGAUUUUGUGACUGUCUCUUCCUGUGGUUCUCCUUUUUCCCAUGCCAACUUGAACCUAAAGAAACAAUUGUACAACCCAACUGCAACUUGACUUUUCAAGAAAGUGGUUCCUGCCCAAAAGAACUCAAAGGGAAGAGCUCUGGGGCAUUCUUGAGAUUCAGCCACAUGAUUAUUUGGCAAAAGAUGCAGAAUGGUUUUGAAAAAAGGUAACCCCAAAGCAGAGACAAAACAGAAUCCAAGUUUUAUGACUGUCAGUCAUCUCAAUAGUCUCUAUUUUAAAAUGUCUUGGGUGAAUAGAAAUGUUUUUACCUGCAAGCAUUCCCAAGGGGAGCCUACUUCUAAACAGUCAUUAAUGGUUUUAUUUAGUACUGAGUGUGUUGUCAAUCAGGGUCAAUAUUUCCUCUCUUGGCAGAAUUUUCUUUUGCACUGAAUUCCCCGGUAUGUCUUCAGCAAUGCAGACCAUGCAUAUACGUGUGCAGGAAGAAGCUGGAGCGUAGCCAGAUCUUUAUCUGGCAAUGCCAGCAAAGGAUGGAGGAACAUGGUGGGUGGGUGGGUUGUCAUUCCCCAUCCUGGUUGUUCAUCCUGUGUGCCAGGUUGUGUUUUGUCAGCAAAAGGCUGCUAUGAAAUAGGGGGAGGGCAGCCAUUUUGCUACUCCUGAGAAAUAUUUAAAUUAAAUGGUUAUUUACAAAUAGUAAA